GUGCCGUUCCGUUCAGAUCUCGCUUCUAGAAGCUUCCACGCCAGCGCGGGAUGGCCGAGGAGCCCGCUCCCGCUCCCGCCGCCGCCGGCGCUGACGCCGCGCGCUGGCGCCCGAGGCGGCGGGCGGCGGUCGCGGGGGCCCUCCUCGUGGCGCUCCUCGCCGUCGCCGUCAGCUCCCGCAGCUUCCCGGCCAUUUCCUCCUACUCGCGCGGCGGAGGCUGCGGCUGCCCCGGCGCGAGGAAGUACACCGGGAUGGUGGAGGACUGCUGCUGCGACUACGAGACCGUGGACGCCAUCAACGAGGAGGUGCUCAACCCCAUCCUGCAGGACCUCGUCGCUCUCCCCUUCUUCAGAUACUUCAAGGCUAAAUUGUGGUGUGACUGCCCGUUUUGGCCUGAUGAUGGAAUGUGUCGGCUUAGGGACUGUAGUGUCUGUGAGUGCCCAGAUAAUGAAUUCCCCGAACCAUUCAAGAAGCCUUACAGUGGCCUUUCUCCAGAAAAUAUGAUAUGUCAAGAAGGAAAACCAGAGGCCACUGUUGAUAGAACCCUUGACACCAAAGUUUUCAAGGGAUGGGUCGAAACAGAUAAUCCAUGGACAGCUGAUGAUGAGACGGAUAAUGCUGAGAUGACUUAUGUGAAUCUUCAACUAAAUCCUGAACGUUACACUGGUUAUACUGGUGAUUCAGCUAGAAGAAUAUGGGACUCUAUCUACAAAGAGAAUUGCCCAAGAUAUCCUUCAGAAGAUAUGUGCCAGGAGAAGAAGGCAUUGUACAAGCUAAUUUCGGGAUUGCACUCUUCAAUUUCUGUACACAUUGCAUCUGGUUAUCUUCUCGAUGAAUCUGCUAACGAAUGGGGACAUAAUCUUACUUUGUUGCAUGACCGUGUUCUGAAGUAUCCUGAGCGGGUCCAGAACCUGUACUUCACAUACCUGUUUGUACUUCGGGCAGUGACAAAGGCGGCAGAUUAUCUUGAGCAGGCUGAGUACAACACUGGCAAUCCUGUAGAGGACUUGAAAACACAAUCUUUAGUGAAGCAACUGCUUUACAAUGAGAAGUUAAGAUCUGCAUGCCCAUUACCAUUUGAUGAAGCGAAACUCUGGCAAGGUGAAAAUGGUCCCGAGCUAAAGCAGGAGAUUCAGAAGCAAUUUAGAAAUAUUAGUGCAAUUAUGGACUGUGUUGGAUGUGAGAAGUGCCGAUUAUGGGGAAAGCUCCAAGUUCUUGGUCUUGGAACUGCACUGAAGAUUUUGUUCUCUGUGGAUGGAGAGAACCAUUUGAAUCAACAGUUCCAACUGCAGCGAAAUGAGGUCAUUGCACUGGUAAAUCUUCUGAAUAGACUGUCAGAAUCUGUGAAAUUUGUACAUGAAAAAGGAUCAUCUACAGAGGAAAUCAUGAAACAGCAUAGCUCUUCAACUUCGCAGAAGGGUGCUUCCAAACUAAAUCUAAAACUGUAAGUGCUCUCCCUUACUCUUCAGGAGUAUGGAUUUUUACUAACUUUGUGGUCUGAUAACCCGCAUUCUUCAAUCUUUCUAUUUCUGCAGGUAUUCUGCAAAAAAGUAAGAGGGCUAGUUGUAUUUACACCUCCUUUUCUCCAUACUGGGAAAGUAGUGUACAUGAAGGGAGCAGCUUCCUAGAACAUUUUGCAGAUCCUAGACAGAAGAUAUACAGAAAGCUUCGGAAGCUAAACAAUGACAAGUUCAGUGGGGCAUCCUUUUCGAAUUUUGUAUAGUGUAUUUGGCAAUCCUCUGUUGUCCCGGAUUUCACCCCUUUCAAAUGGAAUUGCCCUUGGCAACUAGAGAAGCUAACAUGCAUUUGCUCUUUACUGUGUUUGACUGAUCA